AUGAGCGGCGGCGUGACCAGCCGUAGGCGGUCCCCAAAUGUACAGCUGACAGGGUCAACACGGCUUGGAGUGCAUGACUUUGACGACGGCAACGAACAUGCCUACCAGGAGCGCGUUCAUGCAUGGUGUGUCGCCCGGUGGCACGAGCGCUGCGAGCUGGGUGACAGCGCCGAUGAGCCGUUUCUGCCGGACCCCGGGACCACAGACCACUUGAUCAAGGCGCAUGGACGCGGGAAGCCACCUCUGGCAGUCCCGAUGCAGAUAUGGAGCCGUCUGCUCGAGUACCAGAAAGCAGCGCUGAAGUGGAUGUACGUACUGCAUGAGCAGAAUGCAGGAGGAAUUCUGGGCGACGAGAUGGGUCUAGGCAAGACCGUACAGGUUGCUGGGUUCCUGGCAUCGAUGUAUCACUCCAAACUGUUGGCCCGGCCAAGCAUCGUUGUUUGCCCGGCCACACUGAUGCGCCAAUGGGUGCGUGAAUUCCACGCGUGGUGGCCGACGCUGCGCGUUGUCAUCUUGCACGGAACCGGCUAUGCAAUGCAGGCUGGCAACUCGGGUAUGCCCGGCGAAGACGGUCUUGACGAGCGAUUGGACUUGUCGAUGGCCAAGCGCAAUCCGAUAUCGAGUAGGGCAUCGCGUGAGAGCCGCAGGCGCGCCGAGCAACUGGUGGAGCGGGUGCACAGCAAGGGCCACAUCAUUGUAGUAACGUAUUCCGGGUUGCAGGUAUACCAGGACGCGCUGCUAACACGCAAAUGGGGAUAUGCGGUGCUUGAUGAGGGCCAUAUGAUCCGCAAUCCGGAUGCCGAAGUGACGCUGGCAUGCAAGCGGCUCGAUACGCGGCACCGGAUCCUAGUAACUGGCACGCCGAUCCAGAAUAACCUGACCGAGCUGUGGUCGCUGUUUGACUUCAUUUUCCCUGGUCGCCUCGGCACUUUGCCAGUGUUUAACAACCAGUUUGCGGUGCCAAUCACCGUCGGUGGAUAUGCCAGCGCAAACAGCCUACAGGUGCGCGCUGGGUACCGCUGUGCGUGCAUUCUGCGUGACCUGAUUGACCCGUACCUACUGCGCCGCAUGAAGGCAGAUGUCGCGCAGGAUCUGCCACAGAAAUCCGAACAGGUUUUGUUCUGCCGCCUGACUCCAAUGCAGCGAGCUGCGUACACAUCGUUCCUGCGCAGCAACGAUAUGGAAAAGAUCCUUUCAGGAAAGCUGCAAAUGCUGUUUGGUGUCGACGUUGCUCGCAAGAUCUGCGACCAUCCAGAUCUGCUCCUGCUCGAUGUGGACUACGAGGCAGCAGCAGCGGGCAUCCUGCCAGCUGACUAUGGCGACUACCAGAAGAGCGGCAAGCUGUCGAUUGUGCGCGCGCUACUAGAUAUGUGGCAGCCCCAGGGGCACAAGGUGCUUGUUUUCUCGCAGACCCGGCAAAUGCUGGACAUUAUCGAGCGGAUGCUGCGACAGAUGCCAGCAUGUGUGUUCCGGCGCAUGGAUGGCUCGACACCCGUGCAGAACCGCGCUGCGCUGGUCGACGAGUUCAACACCAACCCAGACAUUUUUGUGUUUUUGCUAACUACCAAGGUCGGCGGCCUGGGCGUUAAUCUAACCGGCGCUGACCGUGUCAUCCUGUACUCGCCCGACUGGAAUCCAAGCAGCGAUAUGCAGGCGCGCGAGCGUGCGUGGCGGCUGGGUCAGACUCGCGAUGUGGCCAUAUAUAGACUCAUGACUGCUGGUACGAUCGAGGAGAAGAUCUAUAACCGCCAGAUCUACAAGCAGUUCUUGUCAAACAAAAUCCUGUCGGAUCCGAACCAGAAGCGCUUUUUCCAGGCGCAAAGCCUGCGCGACUUGUUUUCGCUAUCAGGUUUCGAUACUGGCGAAGAGGUCGUGGCUGGUGCCAAUGCCAGUGCCGAGACACGGUUUGGUAGGUGCACCGAUUCGACAGCUGACGACCAGAGACAGCAGGCUGACAUGGACAGCCCUGGGAAGUUAUUCACAGGCAAUGGACUGGAAGAGGAGGACCGGGUUCUCCAAAGCCUGUUCAAGAUGUCUGGUAUGCACAGCGCUCUGAAGCAUGAUGCAAUCAUCAAUGGCAAAGACGUUGAUGUAAACUAUGAGCGUAUUGAAGCCGAGGCCGAGCGUGUCGCCAGCGGCGCGCGCACAGCGCUGCAGGAAUCUCGCAAGGCGCGGCGCCAGCUCGAUAUCAGCGUUCCGACAUGGACAGGAAGCUCAGGCGAAGCAGGUAUGCCUGGCGGCAAGCAGCGGUUUGGUACUAAAGUGAAUCCC